AUGAAAUUCGACAACGAAAUAGUAAGAUCACACGAUGAACUUCUUGAUCAAAUAGAAAAGUUAGAAAAAUCAAAUUAUUUAUCAUUGGAUCUUUUUGCUCAAAUUGAACAAUGGAAAAAAACAACAAUUAACAAAGUAGAAAAAGCAGCAGAAAGAGCUCAUCAUGAACUUAUUGAACUAAUCGAUAAAAAAAGAGUCAAAAUAACAGAACAACUUGAACCAAUCACAAAAGAAAUUCGUUGUCAUCGAGAAGAAGAAACUUUUGUUGAGAAUGAUAUUGAUCGACUUAAACAAAAACUGAAUGAAGUCCAGGAAACACUUCAAAAAUUUAUUCGAAAAGAUACAACUAAAACCAUUAUUAUUGAUGAUGAUCGAAUUGAUUGGAAUCGGAUCAUCUACAUUCAAGGAGAACAGCAAAACUGUGAUGCAAAUCUGAAUAUAAACGCAAAAUGGAUACAGAAUGGUGUCACUGUGGCUGGAGGAAAUGGACGAGGUAGCGAAAUAAAUCAAUUGAGUGAUCCAUGCAGUCUAUGUGUGGAUGAUAAUCAAUCUGUCUACAUUGCUGACUACUGUUGUUAUCGUAUUGUGGAAUGGAAAUGUGAUACGAUAACUGGUCGAGUUGUGGCUGGUGGAAAUGGGAAAGGAAACCGUUCAGAUCAAUUAAGUGGUCCGACAGAUGUGAUUAUGGACAAAGAAAGAGAUAGUUUCAUCAUUUGCGAUUAUGCAAAUAAACGAGUUGUUUGUUGGCCUCGUCAAAAUGGUACUAAUGGAGAGACAAUCAUCUCAAAUGUUGGAUGUCAUGGCUUGACAAUGGACGAUGAUGGAUCUCUCUAUGUUGCUGAUUUUGAUAAGCAUGAGGUCAGAAGACAUGAAAUGGGAGAAAACCAAGGAACAAUAGUUGCAGGUGGAAAUGGAUCAGGAAGCCGUCUCGAUCAGUUGAAUUAUCCUAGAUAUGUCUUCGUCGAUCAAGAUCAUUCAGUUUAUGUAUCAGAUUGCGGCAACCAUCGUGUGAUGAAGUGGAUGAAAGAUGCAAAACAAGGUAUUGUUGUGGCUGGUGGUCAAGGACAAGGAAAUAGUCUUACACAAUUAUCACAACCUUAUGGAAUAGUCGUCGAUCAAUCGGGUACUAUUUAUGUGGCUGAUUGUUUGAAUAAUCGAAUAAUGCGUUGGGUUCAAGGAGCUACACAAGGAAGUGUCAUCGUUGGUGGAAAUGGUCAAGGAAAUCAAUCAAAUCAACUCCAGGGCCCUACUGAUUUGUCAUUUGAUCGUGAAGGCAAUCUCUAUGUGAGUGACAGUAGAAAUCAUCGAGUACAAAAGUUCAACAUUGAUCGAAGUUGA